CCUCAAAAUCACCCUAACUCUUCAUCCAAUCCCCGACUCGCCCGUUUUCCUCCCGCUGCCCCCCCACCAUGCCGAGCAACGAGCAGCACCUCCUCGCCACCGAGAUCGUCGACCGCGGCAUCGAGUCCUCCGGCCCCAAUGCCGGGUCCCCGACGUUCUCCGUCCGCGUCCGCCGCCGCCUGCCGGACUUCGUCCAGUCGGUGAACCUCAAGUACGUCAAGCUGGGCUACCACUACCUGAUCAACCACGGCGUAUACCUGGCCACCAUACCGGUCCUGGUGCUCGUGUUCGGCGCCGAGGUUGGGAGCCUGAGCCGGGAGGAGCUGUGGAGGAAGCUGUGGGAGGACGCGCGGGACGACCUGGCCACGGUGCUCUCGUUCUUCGGAGUGUUCGUGUUCACGCUCAGUGUCUACUUCAUGUCGAGGCCUCGCUCGAUCUACCUCGUCGAUUUCGCUUGUUAUAAGCCUCACGACGAUCUCAAGGUGACCAAAGCUCAGUUGAUCGACCACGCCAUCCGAUCCAAGAAGUUCGACGAGUCCACCAUCGAGUUCCAGCGGCGGAUCCUCCACGCCUCCGGCAUUGGUGACGACACCUACGUCCCGAAGCCCCUCCUCGCCGGUGAGAACUGCGCCACCAUGAAGGAAGGCCGCGCCGAGGCAUCCGCCGUCAUGUUCGGCGCGCUUGACGAGCUCUUUGAGAAGACCCGGGUCCGCCCCAAGGACGUAGGCGUCCUCGUCGUCAACUGCAGCAUCUUCAACCCAACGCCGUCGCUCUCCGCGAUGAUCAUCAACCACUACAAAAUGAGGGGCAACAUCCUCAGCUACAACCUCGGCGGCAUGGGGUGCAGCGCGGGGAUCAUCGCGGUCGACCUGGCCCGCGACAUGCUCCAGGCGAACCCGAACAACUACGCGGUCGUCGUGAGCACCGAGAUGGUCGGGUACAACUGGUACCAGGGGAAGGAGCGUUCCAUGAUCCUCCCGAACUGCUUCUUCCGCAUGGGCUGCUCAGCCGUGCUGCUCUCGAACCGCCGCCUCGACUUCCCCCGCGCCAAGUACCGGCUCGAGCACGUGGUCCGCACGCACAAGGGUGCCGAUGACCGCAGCUUCAGGUGCAUUUACCAAGAGGAAGAUGAGCAGAGGUUCAAGGGGCUAAGAGUGAGUAAGGACCUGAUGGAGAUUGGCGGCGAAGCCCUGAAGACCAACAUCACCACGCUUGGCCCUCUCGUCCUGCCCUUCUCCGAGCAGCUCCUCUUCUUCGCCGCCCUCGUGUGGCGGCACCUCUUCGGCAACGGGUCGCAGCCGCACCCCAAGAAGCCCUACAUCCCGGACUACAAGCUCGCCUUCGAGCACUUCUGUGUUCAUGCCGCAAGCAAGACCGUCCUGGACGAGCUCCAGAGGAACCUCGAGCUCAGCAACAGGAACAUGGAGGCCUCCAGGAUGACGCUCCACAGGUUCGGGAACACGUCGAGCAGCAGCAUCUGGUACGAGCUGGCCUAUCUGGAGGCCAAGGAGAGGGUGAGGAGGGGAGACCGGGUGUGGCAGAUCGCCUUCGGCUCCGGCUUCAAGUGCAACAGCCUGGUUUGGAAGUCGAUGCGCCGUGUGAGGAAGCCGAAUAAGAGUCCCUGGUUGGACUGCAUUGACAGAUACCCGGUUGCCCUCUAAGCAUGCUUGCAGUUCUUGGUGGAUCAUGGUGAAGACUUGAAAUAUUUUCGUAAUAUUAUCUUUAACACUUUCUCCACGAUAAAGCAGUAGUUCGUAAUUGUCAAGUUUGAUGCUGCGUGGGCUUUAUUAUAGCUUUUGUUUCAACCUACCAUCUAGUACAACCACCGUCAUCAACAGUUGAGCUGAAUUUUAGACUAGAGGAUCACUUGGGUAGACGUUAAGUUGAAUUCAGAGACUCCUGAUGUGGUGGAGAUUAGAUGCAAGUUGUGAAUUACUAAAUAUGGAAUUUUAAGUGUCUAGUAUUUGUCUGUGAUUUAUUGCUGUGGUGCCGCUUGGGUAAUCAGAUAUUACAAUAAGGUCUUUUGACUGA